CUGGGCCGGGCAGUCUCCAUGGCCAUGUGAUCCUGGGGCUGCUGGGACGCUCCGGAACAGCUGGGACAAGCGGGGGUCGCGGGCGUCCCUGGGCGGGGGCGACAUGGAGCGGAGGUGGGUCUUCGUGCUGCUGGACGUGCUGUGCGUGCUGGUCGCCUCUCUGCCCUUCGUCAUUCUGACCCUGGUGAACGCGCCAUACAAACGAGGCUUCUACUGCGGAGAUGACUCCAUCCGGUACCCCUACCGUCCAGACACAAUCACCCAUGGACUCAUGGCUGGGGUCAUCAUCACAGCCACCAUCAUCCUUGUCUCGUCGGGGGAGGCCUACCUGGUGUACACAGACCGUCUCUAUUCACGCUCCGACUUCAACAACUAUGUGGCCGCCAUCUACAAGGUGCUGGGGACCUUCCUGUUCGGGGCCGCUGUGAGCCAGUCUCUGACUGACCUGGCCAAGUACAUGAUCGGGCGUCUGCGACCCAGCUUCUUGGCUGUCUGUGACCCUGACUGGAGCCGGGUCAACUGCUCUGGCUAUGUGCAGCUGGAGGUGUGCAGGGGUAGUCCUGCCAAUGUCACCGAGGCCAGGCUGUCCUUUUACUCCGGACACUCCUCCUUCGGCAUGUACUGCAUGUUGUUCCUGGCGCUGUACGUGCAGGCCCGGCUGUGCUGGAAGUGGGCCCGGCUGCUGAGACCCACGGUUCAGUUCUUCUUGGUGGCCUUUGCGAUCUACGUGGGCUACACCCGCGUGUCCGACCACAAGCACCACUGGAGUGAUGUCCUCGUCGGCCUCCUCCAGGGAGCCCUGGUGGCCUGCCUCACGGUCCGCUAUGUCUCAGACUUCUUCAAGUCCCGGCCACCCCAGCCCUGCAAUGGGGAUGAGGAACCCGAGCGGAAGCCCAGUCUGUCACUGACGCUGACCCUCGGCGAGGACCUUAGCCACUAUGAGCACCCAGUCUCUUCCUGCUUUGGAAGCCAGGAAGCCAUCUGUGGGCCAGCCAUGUGUUGGCCCCCUGGCCCUGGUCAGGCACUACGACGUCUUUGGAGCUGCCCCAGGGUCCCAGCUGGUGACUGUUAACCAGUGUCUUGGGUGCCUGGCUGGCCCUGAGUGUGGGCAGGGUCCAUCCUCAUCGCUCCUUGAGUGCCGGGAACACAAGCACACGGCCUCUAAAAGAUGAGGCCCUGCUCCGAGGGCUGUCUCGCACCACCAAGGGCUUUUUGAGAAGGGCCAUCCGUGCAUGGCCCCAGGAAUGGGCUGAUCUGAGAUGGUACAUGAAGUCAGCACCCUCCCUGACAGUCCUGCCGGCCAUGAGCAACCCUUUGUCUGCCUGGGUGGGGCAGUUGGCCUUGGCCUGGGGCAGGGAUCACAAGUGUGAAAGAAGGCUGCUAAACCUUGGGCUGCCUAGAAGCCCGGGCUGCCUGAAAGGUCGGGGCUUUUGGUCUGGAUCCUGUUCUCAAGCCUGCAGAAGAUUCCUGCUCCAGGCCUCCACGCCCCUCCCUCAAGCUGGAUGUCCCGUCCUGCCUCCACGCUGUCCACAUGGACCAGAUGUGUAGCCAGGCCUUGGAAGUGGGUCCUGGGUCUGCCAUUCCCAUCUAUUCCAGAACAUUUAAAAGUUAUUUUUUCAUGGGAGGGUGAGUUAUAAACUUUGUACCAAACGUC